AUGGGGUCUCCCGACACUCCAAGUGCCUCGGAGAGGCAAUGGCUAUGGAUGCCAGUGGUUUGUACGAUUUGCCUCAUCAUCGCAGUCUUCGCAGGCUGUCUGCGGAUCGGGCGAAUCUGGUGCUUUAACCAGAGCAACGCUGGAACCUCCAGAUGGUAUGGCAUCAAGGUGGUGCUGCGUAUCAGCUAUGCCGUGGGUCUUGUUGCAGGUGCCUUGGGAUUAGCUGAUUCACUGCGCCGGUUCUACGUCCAUCGGGACCAGGCCGCACAAGCGAGUGAAGUAUUUCUGUUCUUUCCGAUCUUGACCUAUGCCUUCUUGGUGGGUUCAUGUGGGUUGAUUCUUCUAGGCAGACUAUGUCUACUUCGCAACAGGCAAGCCGCAGAGCAGGCCUACUAUGCUUGCAAGCAAAACGCCGGGAUCUCUUUCCUGGCGGGCUUGACUGCAGGAAUCACCCAGGAGGUUCUAUGCGGCUUCGAUGACAAGGAAUUCUCCAUGCCAGAUGCAUGGCGAGAAAGUUGCCAGUUGCUGGGAGGCUCCUGCGGCCUCAUUUGUAUCAGCCUCAUUGUAGCUCAGGCCGAUGGUGUCGAGAAGCAUGGGGCUUGGAACGAUGACCAUGAAACGGCCAAGGCUUACCAGGCCCCUGAAGUGACCAGACAGGAAUCUGCCUCGGCUUCAAUCCUGGGCGAUUCAUUCCUUCCUCGGCGGGACCAAUUUAGCAGCCGUCUACCCUGGACAGCCCCAGAACCGCCGGAGGCGACUUGGGCCCCGCCAGUGGAGGCUACGAGGCAAGAGAGCUGCAGUCUGACUGACCCACUUCUGCGAUCACCAGAUUGUUUUCGUGCUGACUCAGAGACUGGCAGUGCUUGGGGAACGGAGCCAGAGCGUCCACAAAGCGACGCGAAAGAUGGAGGCAGGAUUGAGCGUGAACAGCAUGCAAAGCGGGAUGCGGGGACUCAUGAGUCUCGGGAGGCCAAGGCCACCGAAGGGGCUUUGGCAGCCCCUUCUGGCGUAGUCCUGUCAAUGGGCUAUGCCCGCGAUGCAGCAAGUUGUUACCGCAGUCUGAAGGGUUUCAAAAGGGAGAUGGUGAAUCUGAAAGAUUCUGGAGAUUGGAUCUUAGUGGGAAAGGACCUACGGGGUGCCUUCGGAGCCGCAGAGUUCUACAGUUUUCGCAGGUGGUUUUUGGCACCGCAGGGUGUACCGCAGGGUGUACCGCUGUUUGGGACCCUGCGUGGGCUGAACUCUGUGGCUCUGGACGUACUGGUCAAAUCUUUGAAUUCACCCUGCAGCAUUUUGCACAUUUUGCGUCACGUCUCCAGCCGUCCAGCCGUCGCAAGACAAGGUGUUCUUGGCGCGCUGAUCUUUUCGUCAUCUCGUCGUUUUGCUGUCGAGCGGCAGUUCCAGAUCAAGUCUGGCAGGCAUGCACAGGCCACAGAUCGAAAACAGGGCAGCCCGCUACUUUGUGCCGUUUUCUCAGACCGACUCCCGAUGUACGGCGGCCUCGCUUCCGCGCUGCACGGGCGCCUGGCUCUGUCAGCUGUGCUGUCGAGUAGCACUGGAGGUCUUGCUUUGCUGCUGGCAUUGUGUUCCUCUGAUGAGAUCCUUCGCUUGGGUGCCGCCCUGGCGGCCUGUGCCUUCCUGCCGCUGGCGCGACUCCUGGGCUGUGCUGUGGCCAGCCGCAUUCGGUGCUGGGGAAGUCCCAACGGGCGUCAAAUCAUCUUGGAGAUCCUUUCCUUUUUCUUCACCACCCUCUCCAGCUGCCUUUUCGCAGCAAGCCUGGGUGAAAGUGAAACUUGGGUCAUGGGUCUCGCUGUGGCCACCGUGGCCCAGAUCAGACAACCCGGCAGGCAAGGACUGUCGUGGGGUUACUUUCCACAGGAGGCAACUCAUCGGAAGGUGAAAGCACAGCUUCCAUGGAUGUUUGUAUCAUGUGUGGUCUUGACGCUGUUGUGCCUCAUUCUUACAUGGUUUCUAUCCACAGGAAGCACCUUUGGCCCCUGGAUUUGCACCGGUCUAGUGGUUCUCUCAUCUGUGGAGUUGCAAGGCAUCUUGAUGGAGGGUGUCACUUCUUCGGUGGCUGGGGAUGGCAGCGAGCUGCUGGAGGGAUUGUUGCAGCCCCUGAGUUGCGAAGGUCCAGGUUUGUCCAGGUGGUUGGCUCUGGCAGCCUUGGCCAAUGCCAUUGUCUACAGACAGCAGGCACAAACCUUGGCUCCGGGCUAUCGCGCGGACAUUCAGCCGCCACCUUUCGCAGCUCAGGUCUUUGGGCUGCGUGGCAAGGCGCGCAUCACAGUGGUUUCUGCUUUCCAGGCACCCGAUGGGCGAAGUUUUUUCGCGGUGUACCUCCAGAGCGCUUUGGAGGUGCUGCGCGAAUUUACGAUCCGUGUGCAAUGUAUCGUGGCCGCUUCAAGGCGCAAGGGCGCAAAAGCUUUUGAUUUGGCGCAGUUGCAGGUGCUGGAAACAGAUGUCGUGCAACUGGCCCCUUUGAUGAGGAUGGCGGCCUCUGGCCUUAGUGGCUGGAUUUGUCUCAGUCGUGAUCUGGACAGCAUGGGAAAAGUGCAACGAGAAGAUGCGCUUAGCAAGGUUCUCUAUGAGCUUUGUGGUGGAUUGCAAGCACUGCAACGAUUGAUUUCCUUGCGCGGCUUGGUGGAUCUUUGUCCUGACACGGUCCGCUGUGUUCAGAGCUCCUACGAGGAGGCGCAGCAUAGCUUGUUCCAACUGCUGAUCACCUUUGAGCGCUGUGGUCUUCAACAGGUGGUCCUACCGCCACAGUACAAGCGAAUGCUGGAGGAUGUCAUGUUCGACAUCGGGUGGAUGUCGCCAGAAAAUCGCAAGGAUUGCAUGGAGAAGAUUGCUCAGCUGCAGGAAGUGGGUGGCAUCGACCAGCAGGCUGCGCGGCAUUUGCUAGAGGCAAGCGAGUGGAACGUGGAGGAAGCCCUUCACCUCCACUUUGCUUCCGAUGGCCAGGUGCCCAGUACCUCAAGUGCUGUCGAAGGGCAGCCCCUGUUGAACGGUGGCCUGGCGGCGGGCCUCGCUGGGGAAAACUUUCUCAGUGUGGCGCGCAAUGGCUAUGCUGGCUAUGCUGACAGGACGGCUGCCAAUUCUCCAGCUGCCGAGCCACAGGAGAAAACAUUUCUUGGCGCCAUCUCCAAAGCAUGGACAACUGCGAGCCAGGCCUUGCUGGGAGUGGCCUCAGAGGACUUUCAGCAGUGGUUCCAAGACCGUUACGGUCCACCCACACCGCGCUUUUGCAAGGUACCCUUCGGGGAUGCUGUGCAAGAAGCCCUGGGAGAAAGAAAGCUAUUGAUGGCCUGGUUUCAUCAGGAAGAAAAUACAGCUACCCAAAAGCUCUGCAGGGAAGUGCUACAAAACGAGCAGGUAUUGACAAAUCUGCAGGAGGAUUUCCUGCUUUGGGCCGGUGACACCUCGCGCUUCGAGCCUUCUCAAGUUGCAAGGCUGUUGGGCUUGCAGCAAUUCCCUUCACUCGUUCUGCUGCAGCCGGUGGCGAAUGACUUUCAUGCCAACAUUCCCUGUGUGGAAUGGCCCCUGGGCACCUUCUGCGCACCGUUGCACAGUUGCCAGUUUGCAGUGGGUAAUGGAUCAACCUUGGACUCCGACAUGGUCAUUGCAACAAUCCAGAUGACCGCCCAGGACUACAGGGAAGAAGUUCGGAAUGUUCAGGAGGAAUUGCAACGAAGAGAUGUGCAGCUGGCGGAAGAUCGGAGACUGCGAGAGCAGCAGGACUGA